UUUACUAUUGGUCCGGUACGGUUCCAUGUAACGGAUCCUUUGUUUGACCCGUCUCUGGUUGGAAAACAGGAAAUUCUGUCGCUAUCCGAUGCCAUACAUCUCGCAAUUACUAGUUGUGAACCAGAUAGGAGACAGCUUCUUUUUGAGAACAUUGUAGUUACAGGAGGAAUCAGUUUAAUAAAAGGAUUGAAGGAACGUAUACUGAAAGAACUUCAUCGCUUCCUAUCCAUUACGGAAAAUGCUGGAGAAUUUCAGACAAGAGAGUGUAAAUGUCUCAAGAUUCCCGAAUAUUUUACAGCUUAUAAAGAUAGACCGGAUCUCGCAGGGUUUCUAGGGGCAGCUAUUGUAGCGAAGCUUGUUUUUCCCGAACCCAAAAACUUUAUUACAAAAAUAGACUACAAUGAGAAUGGGCCGUCAGUCGUUCAUGUCAAAAGUUAUUAA